AAAAUUUCCACAAUGGCUCCCAUCGAACGUAUCACCCUCUUCAAGAUCCCCAAUGAUGCCGAUGCCGACAAGAUCCUAGAGCAGUACAAAAUACUCGCCAAGACUGCUGUCAAGGACGGAAAGCCGUACAUUGUCUCUGCGGCCGUUGGCAAGUCAUUCCCAGACCCGCGGAACAAGGGCUACAAUGUCUCUGUUAAGACUACAUUUGCUUCGCUUGAUGAUAUGAAGUACUAUGACGCCGAUUGUGAGGCACACAAGGCGCUUAAGGCUCUUGCUGCUCCCAUUAAGGAAGAUGUCCUGAGCACCUAUUAUGAGAAUAUUCUGUAG